GGGGGCCUGGCUGGGGGAGGCCAGGUUUGCGGCGGGGCGCAACGGUGUCUCCUUCACUUCGCCCUCCAGCCGCGGUGGCUGCAGCGCGACCUCCCGAGAGCGGAGUGGCCUCAGCGGCGAGCCGAGUGUUGGCGGCAGCGCCCCUCAGGACACCCGCAGAUCACCUUUUCCCCACGGCUUCGCCAUGGAGGACUGUGACUGUUGUAUACGAACAUGCCCACGGCCAAUGUGUAUCCCUCCAUCCUAUGCUGACCUUGGCAAAGCUGCCAGAGACAUUUUCAACAAAGGAUUUGGCUUUGGGUUGGUAAAGCUGGAUGUAAAAACAAAGUCGUGCAGUGGUGUGGAAUUUUCAACAUCCGGCUCUUCUAAUACAGACACUGGUAAAGUUAGUGGAACCUUGGAGACCAAAUACAAAUGGUGUGAGUAUGGUCUGACCUUCACAGAGAGAUGGAACACCGAUAACACUCUGGGGACAGAGAUUGCAAUUGAAGACCAGAUUUGUCAAGGUUUAAAACUGACAUUUGAUACUACCUUUUCACCGAACACAGGAAAGAAAAGUGGUAAAAUCAAGUCUGCGUACAAGAGGGAAUGUAUAAACCUUGGCUGUGAUGUUGACUUUGAUUUUGCUGGACCUGCAAUCCAUGGGUCAGCCGUCUUUGGUUACGAGGGCUGGCUUGCUGGGUACCAGAUGACCUUUGACAGUGCCAAGUCAAAGCUGACAAGGAGUAACUUCGCAGUAGGCUACAGGACUGGGGACUUCCAGUUACACACAAAUGUCAAUAAUGGGACAGAAUUUGGAGGAUCAAUUUAUCAGAAAGUAUGUGAAGAUUUUGACACUUCAGUAAACCUUGCUUGGACAUCAGGUACCAACUGCACUCGUUUUGGCAUUGCAGCUAAAUACCAGUUGGAUCCUACUGCUUCCAUUUCUGCAAAGGUCAACAACUCUAGUUUAAUUGGAGUGGGCUAUACUCAGACUCUGAGGCCUGGUGUGAAGCUUACACUGUCUGCUCUGGUAGACGGGAAGAGCUUUAAUGCUGGAGGUCACAAGCUUGGGCUUGCCUUGGAAUUGGAGGCUUAAUCCAGUUGAAAGAAACCUCUGGGAACGGAUAUCAGAAGAUUUGGCCUUAAUAUAUUUCCAUGCAACCAGCAGGCUCCUCCUUCCCCCCCAGAAGGUGAUCACAUCAAAGGAUGAUUAAACAAGAGCUGUAUUUUAAAUAUUUAGACAAUUACCUGUUGGCUGGUUUCUAGUUGGAUGGUUAUCUAGUUAUCAGUGCUGUGUCGUGCAGCCACCUAUACAUUAUUUAAAUGUAUUUAACUGUUAAAUGUGCUACCCACCAAUGAUGAAAUAGACGUUUAUGAAAACCGUG